ACGACUUUUAACAUUCGUGCGCGAUAACUGAUCGGGGUCGGAUCGCAAGUUCCUGGACGGUGCCACUCUCUGUUGCUCUCAAAAGUUGCUGUGCGCGCCUCAAGCUCCAAAACCAUGGCCAAGCUGGGACUGAUCUUCAUUGUGGUCUUCUGCAUCAUCCAGUUGACCCUAGCGGCACGAUUGCGCCGUGACACCAUCGAGGAGGGCGUGGAGACCCUGAAGACCAAAUUCAGUGAAACGCUCACCAAGGAAAAUGUCGACAUGUUCCUGAACAAGCUGACGGAGUUUGGAGAUCUGAUAAAGACUAAAGCCGGCGAGAUUGGCGACAGCAUCUCGAAAAAGGCGAGCGAGGUCAUCAACAAAGAGUAACCUUGGGCUGUUUAGUUGUAUCACUUUCUUUAAGCUGCUGUUGUUCGGGUUCGAAAACAAAUGGAGCAAACAAAUAAACUAUAUUAACGUA